AUGGAUACCGAACAAGGCCCGCGUGCCAUGCGCGGUGUUUCUCCGCUCCCUGAUCUUAUGAACGACCCAGCAUAUGCGACGAAUACAGACACCAAAGGGAAAGGGCUCGACGAACCAGACACAUGCCGAAUAUGCCGUGGCGAAGGGUCUGAGGAGGACCAACUGUUCUACCCCUGCAAGUGCAGUGGCAGCAUAAAGUUCGUCCACCAAAGUUGUCUUAUGGAAUGGCUGUCCCAUUCACAAAAGAAGUACUGCGAGCUAUGCAAGACGCCUUUCCGCUUCACAAAAUUGUACGACCCUGGAAUGCCAGCUAAACUUCCAGCUCCAAUAUUCAUAAGAGAACUGGCUAUCCAUGGACUCCGCUCACUACUUACCUGGCUACGUCUUCUCUUGGUUGCUUUUGUAUGGCUUGGAUGGCUACCAUGGUCCAUGCGUGCGAUAUGGCGUGCUCUUUUCUGGCUCGCAGAUGGGCGAUGGCCGAGUCCCAAUGUCGCGCAGUUACCUCCUACCGCCGCAAAUCAAUCUGAUAUACAAACAGGGACGAUUCCAGCACCUAGUGAUCCAGCAGUAUCUGCCGCCACCCAGACUGUCACAAACAUACUACCUGGGGUUUUAUCACCAGUAACGUCAAUUCUAAAUCUGUCCACUGAAGAGCCGUUAGGCUUCGCCAUCGCCAAGCGUGUACUUCUGAAUAUCUUUCUUCCGUCUAUAUCAAUAUCAGGUGGAGGCAACGCCAGCCAAAUCUCUUCAACACCAUCUCUACGUUCACGCCAGCCGUCUUGGCUGUCAAAUGUUACUUUCCUUAAUUCUCUUACACCAUCGCCAACCGUGAACAAUAUUGUUAUUGAUACAUUGGAAGGUCAAUUGAUUACACUGCUGGUGGUUGUGUCUUUCAUAUUGGUGUUUUUGAUUCGCGAGUGGGUUGUUCAGCAACAACCAGCCGUCAACCUUGGCGAGGAAGAGCGGGAUGCUGUGGUGCGACUGAUGGCUGAGAAUCAAAAUCAAGCUAACAACAGGCCUCGCGAUCUUGCUGAGGCGCCCGAGAUGCCUUCGCCAAUUGCUGUUAGAAAUGCGGAUCUUGAGCGACCUGAAAACCAGUCAAGUGUAUACGAAUAUCCCGUUAAUGACGAAGAAAUUUCUAGUACGGGUUCGUUACAGACCUCGCAUGCCUCGUCGGAAUUGACUCCUAUUGAGUCUCGUCCCACUUUCGAAACCCGGGCAUCAGGUUCUCGACCGACAUUGCGAUCAAGAAAUGCUCUUGAUGGAGCUUCGAACAUUCGGCGAACGAUUGAGGAGGCAGUGAAUGAGCCAGGCACUCACACAUGGCCUGGCAUAGAUACAUUCAAAGAUUUUUGGAAUCGUGGCGAAGGAAAUCCCGAUGAAAUUUUGCGUAUCAUACGCGAGGAGGGACGAGAAGACGAGCUAGGCUGGAUUGUGAAUGCGAUGACAACUCUCAACCGAACAAAUACGUCUCGCAGUCCUACUUCGAUUAAUUUUGAUUCUCGAGGUCAUGACGAUGAGACUGUCGGUGAAGGCCCGUCUAGUUCUGGAUAUCAUGCACGUUCAACUUCCAAUGUGUUUCAUCACAAUUCAGAAUCAGAAUCUCUGCCCGGAGUGUCAACAUUUACGCAUUUGGACCCCUUGGAUAGCGCGCAUUCUCAGGAGGACAAUGUGGAUUUGUCUAACAUUCCCCAUGACUGGAAUGAGUGGUCAAUAAGAGAGGAAGAGGAGGAAGAGGACGAGGUGCCGGCCCCUGACAGUGUCGCAGCUAUCGAGACUGAGCGCACUCUCGAAAUUCAAACAUCGUCUAUUGAGCCUCUAGUUGAUGCUACGAGUAAUACACAAAACAAUGAUACAGCUCCUCCUAGCGAGAAUACCCAGGGCUUUCAACAAGGCUUUGUAAAUCGUGUCUUUGAUUGGUUUUGGGGAGAUCUUGCGGCUCCUGAAGAGCCUGGAGCUCAUCUACAAGAUGAUGAGCAUGUCGUGGAAGAUCCUGCUUUAGAGGCACCUUUCGUCCCAUUACCAAAUAGGCACAAUGGAGCUGCUGAUGCAGCAGCCCCUAAUCCAUGGCGUGAACCGGCAGUUCCCCAAGCAGACAAUGAUGCGGAUGCCGUGGAUGAUGGGGACGAUUUUGAAGGAAUUCUAGAAUUGAUAGGCAUACAGGGCCCGAUAUUUGGACUCCUGCAGAAUGGUGUAUUCUGCGCUCUUCUCUUUUCGUUCACGAUAGCAGUCGCCAUCUGGUUACCCUACCUCUGGGGGAAAAUUGCUUUGGUUUUCUUUACAAGUCCGCUUCGACUCAUGAUCAGAGUUCCUUUGGCGAUGCUAUCCAUCACUGCAGACGUCAUUGUUGAUUCUCUCAUUGGUAGUGUCGGGUACGUUUUGUAUGUGGUUAGUCUCAUGAUAAGGAACCUUCUACGGCCGAUAGCUGGAUUCAUACCGCUGUUGGAAAGAAUGCCUCAGGGCACAUCCUUCACGCAUACAUCAUUGACUCUCAUUGAUGGCAGCAGCCAAAGACUUAAGAGGGUGUUAGGUGGAUUUUUCGACUUCCAUGAUACCGAUCUCCCCAUGUUCUCGGUCCUUGCGCAUCAGGCACUACGCAUUCAUGAGGCUCGCAUUGUCAGAUUCUUUGAGUUGUUUUUCGAAGGGGCAAAAUUUGUUCUACAUGACAUGCCUCUCAAGCUUCUUUCUGGGGAUUAUAGGAUCGAUAUGAUGCUUGCGGCUUCAAAGGUUGACAUGACCACUGUUGCGAAUUUUAAGGAAGAGUUAUUCGGCUUUGCCAAAUCUUUAUUCUCGAUUUAUGGCAAGUCAGAGUGGGACAAUGACGUUUCAUUUCUCGUUCACCCUGGGUAUGACCUCGCCCGCUGGGACACAAAAGACCGUGCCAUAGCUAUCGUCACCGGAUAUGUUUUUGCUUCUCUUCUUGGUAUUUUAUAUUUGAAGGUUACUGGCUUUUUCACUGGCACGAACCGCGCUCAGAGACCCGAAGGUGUUGUCGCCGAAAUACUACAUCAAGCUGGUGGCGUCAUGAAAGUAAUCCUUAUUAUCGGGAUUGAAAUGCUCGUCUUUCCCCUUUACUCUGGACUACUCCUAGAUGUAGCUUUGAUGCCGCUAUUUGAAAACGCCACCUUUACGUCGAGACUUGCCUUUACACUAUCAGCGCCACUCACCUCAUUAUUUGUACACUGGUUCAUAGGCACAUGUUACAUGUUCCAUUUUGCUCUCUUUGUAUCCAUGUGCCGUAAAAUAAUGAGAAGCGGCGUACUUUACUUCAUACGUGAUCCCGACGAUCCGAACUUUCAUCCCGUGCGUGAUGUCUUGGAGCGCGAUAUAAUAACGCAGCUACGAAAAAUUGCAUUUUCUGCAUUGGUUUAUGGUGGUUUGGUAAUCAUCUGUUUGGGUGGUGUGGUCUGGGGCUUAUCAUAUGCCUUUGACGGAGUACUUCCAAUUCGCUGGUCAUCAAACACGCCGAUACUCGAAUUCCCUGUCGACUUGCUAUUCUACAACUUCGUCAUGCCUGUUAUUUUGCGAAUAAUUAAGCCAUCAGAUGGCCUGCAUAACAUGUACGAUUGGUGGUUUUACAGAUGUGCUCGAUUUCUACGGCUCUCGGAAUUCCUCCUCGGGGAGAGACACAAGGAUGAAGAGGGGCAUCACGUUGGCCGUACGUGGACAGAUCUCUUGUCCGGUAAGCGAGGCGAUGUAGAGAACCCAGUCAUAACUGAUGAAGAUCGGAAAGCUACAGAAGAGAAAGGCAACAACCUUUUUUUCGUUCGAGACGGAAAGUUUGUGCGCGCUCCAGCUUCGGAUCAAGUUCGCAUUCCUAAGGGAAUCAAGGUCUUCCUUGAGGUGACCGAAGACAAUGAGCGUGUGGACAAUAUUGCAGACAAUGAUGAGGGUCUACAUGGCAAACAUAACGAGAUGUUCAUUCAAGUCUACAUUCCGCCACAUUUUCGACUACGAAUUUUCACUUUCAUUUUCAUGAUCUGGGUCUUCGCAACAGUCACAGGAAUUGGUGCAACUAUUUUGCCACUGGUUAUAGGUCGCCGCUUGCUCUCGUCCUUUUUCCCACAAUUCGUUCGAAUGAACGACAUUUACGCAUUCUCCGUCGGUAUCUCCAUUUCUGUGAGUACUGCAUACGCAGUUAUCUAUAUGAAAUCUGGAUACAGAAAAUUGCAAGCGAGUUUGCAGCCGAUGCUGUCAAAUCCCGGUCAAGCAGCAAGCGAUACUGCGGAGAUCAUACUUUGUGUCAUGCGAUUAGUCUAUCUGUCGGCGGCAUUUGUCUUCCUGAUUCCAUCCCUAUCUGCGUUGCUUACGGAGCUCUACGUAUUUAUUCCUGUGCAAACGUAUAUGCACAGCCAAGAAACACAUGUUAUUCAUUUCGUUCAGGAUUGGGCUGUGGGCGUCCUUUACGUGCAGAUGGUUUACAUUUAUAUCCAGUGGAGGUCUACCUCCCGACUCGCAACGGCUCUUAACACAAUAGCGCGCGAUAACUGGCUGCGACCCAAUACACGUCUGGCUACACGAGCGCUUAUUUUACCGGCUCUGAUCCUGACGUUCUUCGCUGUAUCUUUACCCUUAUGUUUGGGUUUCGUCGCCAACGAAACAAUUUUCCCACGCUCGGGCUCAGAUGUACAGUCGCGGGUCUAUCGCUAUUCAUACCCUGCAUCUCUCGCAGCAUGCUUAUUGAUCUACGCAUUCUAUCUACUUCGCAGACAGAUUGGCGUUUGGCGAGCGAACAUCCGCGACGAAGUGUACCUGAUUGGUGAGCGAUUACACAAUUUGGGAGAAAAAAGAGCUAGGGACGUUACAGCGGUGCGUCGGCGAGUGAGUACGGCAUAG